AUGGCUACAAGUGUUUCUGGUGAAUCAAGAAAUCCGGCAAAUGCAAGAGCUGAACCUCCGAAUAUCGCAAAUGCACAUAAUGUGAUUCAAAUUGAAAAAUUCGAUCCGGCGACUCAAACAUGGAAACGUUGGUUACAACGACUCGAAGGCUUCUUCAAGGUUUUCAAAAUAACGAGCGGUGAAGAAAAAGUUGUGUACUUGCUUCACUAUAUUGGAGUUGAGGCUUUUGGAGUACUGUGUGAUCGUCUUGAUCCAGACGAUCCGUACGCCAAAUCUUUCGAGGAAUUGUGUAAUAAGCUGGGAGAAUAUUAUGCUCCAGAGCCGCUGGAAAUUGCGGAAAUCUAUACAUUCCGCAAAAGAAUGCAAAAAGAAGGAGAGGCCGCGCAGGAAUACCUGGCGGCACUUCAAAAAUUGUCGUUAUAUUGUAAAUUCGGCAAUUAUUUAAACACGGAAUUACGAAAUCAAUUCGUCUUUGGAAUCAAAAACCCACGGAUCCAAGCCAGACUUUUGGAAACGAUAGAUUUAACGAAGGAGCGAGCUCUCAAAAUCGCCUGCGCAAUGGAGAUGGCUGAUCAAGGAGUAAACAAGCUGAAGGACGAAUCGGCAGUGUGUGGUAAAAACCAUUUAGCGCCGUCCUGCUCUCUUCCGCGGAGUACGAAAUGUUUGGAAUGCGGCGGUUAUGGCCAUUUGAAAAAAGUGUGCAAGAAGAAAGGUCAAACAGACUGUGUAGAUAUUGCCACAAUAGACUUAGAGCACGAACAUGUAAGUCAUCGGUCGAAGUAUACGGUCUCUCUCCAAAUAGAGGAUAGGAAAAUAGAAUUCGACGUGGAUUCAGGAGCGGCGGUAACGCUGAAUUUCGUUCCUAUGGGAUUCGUCAAAGUUAAAGUAAAAGAUGUAGAUACUUGGAAGUAUUUGAAUAUGUAUAUAGUCGAAUAUAAUAGACAGCCACUCUUGGGUCGUGAAUGGAUCAAUCAAUUAAAAUCAUUUAAUAAAUUUAAAGAAAGCCUAGAAGAGGUGCAAUCAUUACAUUUAGUAGAACUAUCGUGUAAUAAGCGUUUAAAAAAUUUGUUAGAAAAAUAUGCUAAUCUAAUAAGUGAUGAUUUUGAACCAAUUAAAAAAAUCAAAGCUCAAUUAAACUUAAAACCAAACUCACAACCUGUGUUUUUGCGUAGUAGGCAAGUACCUUUUCAAAUUAAAAAUAAAGUAGAAAACGAAUUAAAUAGAAUGGUAAAAGCGGGAAUUUUAAAACCAGUAGAAGCAUCCACCUGGGCAACUCCAAUUGUCCCAGUUUUAAAGAAAGAUGGCGGGGUGAGAAUUUGUGGCGAUUUCAGCGUCACGGUAAAUUCAUGUUUAAUCGUUGAUGAGCAUCCAUUACCCACUCAUGAGGAACUUUUUGCUAAAAUGGCUGGCUGUAAUGUGUUUUCAAAAAUAGAUUUAAAGCAGGCUUACUUGCAAUUAGAAUUAAGAAACGAAGAUAAAGAAAUUCUGACACUUAAUACUUCAAAGGGUCUAUAUCAAUGUAAUCGGCUUAUGUAUGGAGUAGCAUCGGCAUCGGCGAUAUGGCAGAGAACAAUCGAAAAUAUUUUGAAAAAUAUCCCAGAUAUUACUGUUUUUCUGGACGACAUUAAGAUCGCAAGUGUAAACGUUGAAAAACAUUUUGAAAUUUUAGAAUUAGUCUUGAACCGUUUAUCAGAAUAUAAUAUAAGAAUAAAUUUAGAAAAAUGUGCAUUUUUGAAAAGUCAAAUUUCGUACUGCGGGCACAUCAUCGGAAUGGAUGGUAUAAAAAAGGAGAAAAAGAAAAUGGAAGCAGUAGAAAAGCUGCCAAGACCUAAGAACGUAUCUGAAGUCCGAGCGUUCAUUGGUCUAAUAAAUUAUUACGGUCGAUUUAUAGAAAAUAUGAGUGACAUAUUGAAACCAUUAAAUGAUUUGUUGAAAAAAAAUUCGCAUUUUAAAUGGACUUCCGCUUGUGAAAGGGCGUUUAAUAGCGCAAAACAAGCUUUCUGUAAUGAUAAAAUUCUAGUGUCGUUCAACCCAAAUCUGCCAAUCGUUUUAGCUACGGAUGCUAGCCCAUAUGGAGUCGGAGCGGUCUUAUCACAUGUAUAUCCAAAUGGAACAGAGCGAGUGAUAGAAUAUGCUUCGAAUACGCUAAAUGAUACGCAAAGAAAAUAUACACAAAUCGAUAAAGAGGCGUAUGCCAUUAUUUUCGGAAUUAAAAAGUUUCAUAACUUUCUAUACGGUAAACAUUUCACUUUACUUACGGAUAAUAAACCGUUAACGCAGAUUUUGAAUCCUGGAAAAGGGUUACCGGCGUACAGUGCAAUGCGGAUGCAGCACUACGCGGUUUUUCUCCAGGGUUUUGAUUUUGAUAUAAAAUUUAGAAAAACUGAAAAUCAUGGCAACGCUGACGGAUUUUCGCGACUACCGAUAAAAGAAAAUAAUAGGGCGAGGUAUGAUGCGCUAGACGUGUAUACUGUGGAUACGUUAAAUAUGCUACCUGUUAAAGCAAGUGAAAUUCAAACAGAAACACGUAAUGAUGAAAAUCUCUUAAAAAUAGUUGAAGCUUUGGAACAAGGCAAAUGUUUAAAAAAAUUUGGGUUGCAAAACCAUGAAUUCGCGUUAAAUAACGGAAUCCUAUUAAGAAAAGAUAGAGUUGUAAUUCCAGAAAAAUUCAGAAAUAAAAUUCUUAAGGAAUUGCAUUUAGGCCAUAUAGGCAUAGUUAGAAUGAAAGCCCUAGCGAGAAACUAUGUUUGGUGGCAAGGAAUAGAUUUAGAAAUCGAAAAAACUGUUCGUAGUUGUAAGGAAUGUAGUCGCGUCCAAAAUAACCCGAAGCCUGCGCCACUGCAUCAUUGGGAGCCUACUGAGGAAGCGUUUGAAAGAAUCCAUAUGGAUUUUGCAGGACCAUUUGCAGGUUAUAAUUUUCUAGUGUGCGUAGAUGCGCAUACUAAAUGGCCUGAAGUUUACGUAAUGAAUAAUAUUACUGCUUCAAGUACUAUUGGAAAAUGUCGUGAAAUUUUUGCUAGAUUCGGUAUUCCACGAAUGCUAGUUACAGAUAAUGGUAGAACAUUCAUAUCACAAGAUUUUCAAAAUUUUAUUAAAGCAAAUGGAAUUAUCCAUAGGCUGACAGCUCCUUAUCACCCGGCAACCAAUGGUGCAGCGGAAAGAUUCGUACAAACAUUGAAACAAUGGUUGCGUAAAACAAACUUAGAAAAAGAAAAUGUAAAAUGCAGCGUUCAAAAGUUUUUGUUUCAUUACCGUAUUACUCCAUUUCCGGAAUUAAAACAAUCACCCGCCGAAAUCAUGUUCGGACGAAAAUUGCGAAAUCGGUUGGAUUUAUUAUCUCCAAAAGAAAUGGAAAUAAAAAACAAACCAGUGGAGAGUAAUGAAACAAGAAAUUUCCAAGUAGGAAAUAAAAUCGCAGCACGUGAAUAUUUAAAUAAAAAAGCAAAAUGGCGUUUCGGUAUAGUUUACAGGAAAUUAGGAAAGUUACAUUAUUUAAUAAGAUUAGAGAAUGGAAAAAUCUGGAAAAGACACGUAAAUCAAUUACGUCUAAAUGAACAAAACUCUGAUAAUAAUAAAUCGCAAGAGACGAUGGAUAGAUUUAACUAUUCAAAUUCCGACUUAGAGAAGUCAGAAAUUAAGUCGGGUGGAGAGAGACCGGGUACAGAGACAAAUGAUGAAGCCAUAAGUAGCACCGUCCACAUUUCGCCUGAGGAAGGGACAGGAGAGGAUACAUGCGAACAAAUAGCCUUGCCUAUCGAGGAAACUGAUAAGCGCGCGGGGGAACUAAUUAGUUUAGAGUUAAGAUGGUAUAAUAGGGGUGAUGAAGUUGAAAUUAAG